AUGGUGCUAAAGGAGCUCUCACGGUCUUCCAUCAUGGGCAAAGCCGCGGUAGAAAUGCCCCAUGGGGUGGACGUCCAAGCAGCACCACUAACGCAACUAAAAUUGGACAGCGACCAAGCCUAUCUCAUAACUGGUGGUUCCAGUGGGUUAGGACUGCGCUUGGCUAAGUUCCUGGCUGAUCGGGGAGCGAAACAUCUCGUCCUAGUCAGCAGGUCAGGCCCAAAGUCAACCGAAGAUCACGCGGUACUAUCAUAUAUGCAGCGUCGAGGGACUAAGAUCUACAUCAAGAUCGGUAAUAUUAGUAACGCGGAAACGGUUCAUCAUCUCCUUCACCAACAGAAAGUCUGGCCCCCGGUAGCAGGUAUUAUUUAUUGCGCCGGCGUCCUAACAGCAGCUGCUGCCCACGAUGUCACAACAGAUGGAUUCCGUAGUGUCUGGGCAGGGCACGGCCAGUUAUCCUAUGCGGCAGCAAACCAGUUCCUUGAUGGGCUGGCACACCAUCGUCGUGCGUCUGGUCUGCCCGGAGUAUCGCUGAAUCUCGGAGUUUUGGGAGAUUAUGCAAGCAUGUCUCGUGUCUCCAAUGAGAAUAAGUCUAUAAUGCGUCUGGUUGAAUCGGAAGGACAAUCCGCAUUGAGCCUCGCACGUGUUUUGUCUGCAUUCGAACGCGCUGUUAUUAAUGAAGUAGACACUAAUCGUAUCAUUACGACCGAGAAGAUCGAUCAAUAUUCGUUCGACUCCCUGACCCUCACCCAGGUGAGGAGUUUGAUCCUCAAAGAGAUCCGAGUGCCAUAUCCCCUCAUCAAACUUUUCCAGGGACCAAGUCUGCAUGAAAUUGCUGUAGAUUUGGACGGCCUUUCCCGUAACGAUAAACCGGCAACAGCAGGCCCAAAUGGUACCGUAAAGAACCAGUCUGAACUUAUACCUUACGAUGGGCUGAUCAGACUUCUAUCGCCCUGGUUUGUUCGCGGUAAUCCUGUCAAUUGCGGCUGUCCUCGCGUUCUAUGCUUCCAUUCCAUGGGUGUCGGCGCAUCCCUUUUCGCUCCCUUCCUGAUGGAUCCCCCAGAAGGGCUAGAUCCGAUUGCCGUGCAACUGCCUGGUCUUGAGACCCGCGCUGACGAGCCCCCUGCAGCCAGUGUCUCUGAGAUCGUUCUCAGUCUCCUGGCGGAUAUGGAGAAGGUGGUUGGGAUCCCUCAUAUUAUCUGGGGUCAUUCGUUCGGAAGUAUUAUUGCCUUUGAAGUCUUUCGUGCUCUCCGGAAACAGGGGAAGCCGUUAUCACGCCUUUUCGUCACCGGCACUAUCGCGCCACAUCGGAUCAGCACCUGGCAAAAGCGAGAUGUCCUUAUCGAAUCUUUCCGUGACGAUAUCAGCCCUGAGUAUCUCCUCGCUGUAGCACGAUAUGUGGACAACGCCGACUUUGUGCGUACCAUUCUGCCCCAGUUGAGGCAGGACGCGCCUUUGCUGCUCAAGUAUCAGUUCCGGGAGGAGAAACCGUUGGAUACAACCGUCACGGGAGUUACAGCCCGUCAGGAUGACAUGGUAUACCCGGAAGAGGUCGCUGCAUGGAAAAGUUAUGCUAAGGGCUUUAAGCUUAUCGAAGUUGACGGGGACCACUGGUUCUUGUAUCGGAAUCGCAAGCUGCUGCGGGAAGCGUUGACGGCUACGGCUUUCGAGGAUAGUGGACAGAUGCUGGUUACGGACCUAAAGAACUAG